AAUGCAGUAUUUAAUAGUACUCGACAUGCGGUAUAUACACUUUUUCUAAGUUACUGUUCUAUACGUGUAAUUUACGGGUACUGUUAUAUACGUUGUGUCAUUAUAUAUUUGUUUUUUUUAAAUUUAUUAUUUAAUAAAAGUAAACAUAGUACCUAAUGGUUUUAUAAUAUCAAAAACAACCAGUAAUCAUUAAGUAUAUAUUAUAACCUAUAAUCAACUUAAAAAUUCUAGAAAAAUGGCUAAAAUCAAAACUCAAGAAAAAAUAAUAAAGCCAAAAAGCAAAUCAACCAAUAAUCCGUUUAAUACUAAAAAAGAUGUCAAAACUAAAUUGCCAAUAUUUAAUUCAAUAAUUACUGCAGCAUGCAUUGGCAUUGCUGCAUGGUUCAGCUAUAGAGGUUAUCUUGAAACUAGAGUAAAUACACCAUACAAUAUAGAGAAGCUGGUAACCAUGGCUGGCUUAGAUAUACCGGAUAGAUAUUGGGGUACAUAUAGACCUAAUGUUUAUUUUGGAAUGAAAACAAGAGAUCCACAUUCUUUGGUAACUGGACUAAUGUGGUAUUCUCCGCAUCAUCUACGACAAGAUGGUACUGGUCUCAGGCAUUGGUGUGAACAGGGUGAUAAUUUAGAUAGAUAUGGUUGGUUGGAACACGAUGGAAGGACGUUCGGAGUCCAAGAAAUAGUAGAUUCAUCCGUAAUUUUAACGACAACAUUUGUUAAAAGAUUAAAUGGUCAAUAUGGUGGAGAUUGGACAACAAAAAUUAGUGUAAAUUCUAAAAAUUCCAAAAAACUUGAACAUGAAAUCUCUUUGCUAUUUUACAUUGCUACUGAGGAAAAUACUAAAGGAUGGAUUGAAGUGAAUAAUGAUAAUGAUGAUAGUUUAACAGGAAUGACAGGAAAUACACAGGGCUUAGGCUCUUUUAAUAUUAAUAUACACGCCACAAAAGGUACCAUAGAAGAACAUUCAUUCUUAUCAACAAUAUCACCAAGUUUAACUGCUUUAAAGGAAACUGUUCUUAAGAAUCUGAGAAUAGCAUCAUAUAAAGGAACUAACAAGAAACAUAUAAUAUUAUCUGGUGAACAACUUUCAUUAUUGCCAGAUGGAACUAAGGAAAAACCAAAUUUUAUUGUUACACAAGUAACAGGAAAAGUUCCUUUUGAAAUUGAAAUUAAUUAUGAAUCAGAAAGUUUUACCAAUAGAUUAAAUAAAUUAAGUGAUGAUGUAUAUGAUCAAGCAUUACAAAAGCAACGCGAAUUAUUUGAUGAAAAAUUUGAGAGUAUUUUUAAAUUAAAAUCUAAAGGCUAUUCUAAUGAAGAAAUUUCUUUUGCAAAAAUGGCAUUUUCUAACAUGAUAGGUUCCAUAGGUUAUUUCUAUGGAAGUUCUCAAGUUCAAAGUGUUCAUACCAAAGGUCCUGUGCCUUAUUGGAAAGCACCCUUAUAUACUGCAGUACCUAGUAGAAGCUUUUUCCCUCGUGGUUUUUUAUGGGAUGAAGGAUUUCAUGGCUUACUUAUAUCAGCAUGGGACUUAGAAAUUGAACUAGAUAUUAUAAGUCAUUGGUUUGAUUUAAUGAACAUUGAAGGUUGGAUACCAAGGGAAAUGAUCUUAGGUUCUGAAGCAUUGGCAAAAGUUCCAGAUGAAUUCGUAACACAGAUGAAUACGAAUGCAAAUCCUCCAACAUUCUUUUUGACUUUAUAUUAUAUUAUCGAACAUAAACAACAAGAAUUGUUAAGUAAGCAUUUUCAUCUUCUUGACAAAUUAUAUCCACGUCUUCAAGCUUGGUUUAAUUGGUUUAAUACAACACAAAUUGGUGAAUUGCCAAGUACAUAUAGAUGGCGUGGUAGAGAUGCCAAUACUAUCAGAGAAUUAAAUCCAAAAACUCUUACAUCCGGAUUAGAUGAUUAUCCUAGAGCUUCGCACCCAAAUAUUCAUGAACGACAUGUUGAUUUACGUUGUUGGAUUGCAUUUGCUGCAAAUGUUAUGUUUAAAAUUACUAAAAUCUUGAAUCAUUCUUAUAGUAAAUACCAAGAAACAUUUUAUUACUUAUCUGAUAAUAAUUUGUUGAGUAAAUUACAUUGGUCACCUAAUACACAGACUUACUCUGAUUAUGGUCUUCAUACAGAUAAAGUUGUUUUACAGAGACCUUCUUUACAAUCUAAUGCACAACCUUCAGAAAUGAUUCGAAUUGUCUUAGAUGAUCCAAUUUUAAGAUAUAUUGAUUCUUCUUUUGGUUAUGUAUCUUUAUUUCCGUUUAUUUUACACAUUAUUGAUCCUAAUUCUCUACAACUAGAAAAAGUUCUACAAGAUCUAACAGAUCCUGAUCUUCUCUGGACAAAAUAUGGAUUAAGAUCACUUGCAAAAACGUCGCCGUUUUAUAUGAAAUACAAUACUGAGCAUGAUCCACCCUAUUGGCGUGGUACUAUUUGGAUAAAUUUAAAUUAUUUAACAGUUCGAGCUGCUCAUUACUAUUCGAAAAUUGAAGGACCUUUCCAAUUAAAAGCAAAAAAAGUAUAUGACGAUCUCAGACAUAAUAUAAUACAAAAUGUUAUUAAACAAUACAAACAAAGUGGCUAUGUAUGGGAAAAUUAUGGAGAUACAUUAGGUAAUGGAAAAGGAAGUCAUCCAUUUACGGGUUGGACAUCAUUGGUAGUUUUACUUAUGGCAGAAAUCUAUUAAAGACUAUUUUAUUACUCAUGAAAUAUAAAAUAUUCUUAGAUACUAACAUAAUUAAACAGGAAAGAAGAAACAAAAGAAGAUUCCUUCAAGUUAAUGAAGAUUUUUACAUCUUGUUACAAAAAGUUUUAAAAUAGUAAUAAUAAUAAUAAUAAUAAUAAUAAUAAUAAUAAUAAUAAUAAUAAUAAUAAAUUGAUUUCAUAAAAUUGUUUUUAAAUACAAUAAAAUUCACAUGUAGUUUUAUUUGUUAAAUAGUAUAUAAAUAAUUUGUACAGCACAGUCCAUUUGAUAUUCAAAUAUUUGUAUAUUUGUGUGUAAUUCUCUAUUUAUAUAGUGAUACCAAAAAUAAUUAAAAGAUAGAAAACUUAGUUUACAUUAUAGCAUUGAUCUGUCCACACUUUACAAGGCAAAUAUAUAUGUUCAUUAUCAUUGUACUAGUUAUACACAAUAUUGUAAUAUACAUAGAAUAAUGUGAAUGUGGCAUGAACGACAGUAACACAAACAUUAUACAGAUCCUAUUUCAAAAAUAUUUUAAAUUUUAUGUAAUAACUCACUUUGAUUUAUGUUGUAAUAUGUUCUAAUUAUAAAUAUAUAUUUCUACCUUUUUUUUUCUAACAGCCAAUUUAAAAAGAUAUAUAUUAAUGUAAAUUUAUUCUAUAUUAUUCUAUAUUAACUCGUAAUAUUUUUAAAAUAUGCACAUUUUUAACUAUAUAAAAUGAAGAAGAAUUUGUUUUUUAUUACAAAAAAGUUUAUUAAAAUAAUUUAUACAAAAUUAUAUAAUUUACAGAAGAAUUGAAUUUAUGAUUUUUAAUUUACGAUCUAACAUGAUAAGGACGCAUCUUGCCACUUUCAGACACUGGCUGUGAAUUGUUCAAAUUUGUAAUUUACUUUAAAUAAAUAUAUUUACUAUCAUAUCUCAA